AUCAGACCUGCGCUACACACAAUAAGUGAUCCUUUUGAUCGCAUCGGCAAAUAUGAUCAGGCCGACCAUUGAGGCAACGCCACGACGCGAAUGAAACCAUGAAUCUUCAUACUUCAGCUCACCUCGGGAUUCCCAAAUACCGAAGCAUAGACGACAGACACUCGUCCUCCCAUCUUUGCAACAUCAACGCCACCAUCAAACCCUUUAUCAUAUGCCAUCUGUACUUCUUUGUACGCUAUAGAUUGCUUCGCAUUGGGUGUUUUCUCUUGCAUCUUCUCAUCACCAGCACCCGCGCAUUCCUCUGCAGCAGCGUACUUCUCCAUCACAACGCACCUCCAUAGGCGGUAUCACCACCAGCGCCAUCGACCUCAAGGUUCAGCAUCGCCGUUUUCAUUCAAAUAUUUUCCUGGGCAGGGCAAUUUGAAACUUCUUUCCUCAUCACUCUCGCGCGAGGGAGAUGGCGUUCGGUGUAGCGUCGAUGGC